AUGCCCGUCGACGAAGUCCCAGACUCGACAGAUUGGCUGGCGACGCCUUUGCCUGGACUUGCGGUCGUCGAGGCGGCCCUGCGUUGCCAGGUCUGUAAAGACUUCUACAAGACUCCCAUGAUCACGUCGUGUUCGCAUACCUUUUGCUCUCUGUGCAUCCGGAGAGCGCUGUCCAAUGAUGGCAAAUGUCCGCUAUGCCGGGCGCCAGAGCAGGAGCUGAAGCUGCGAAGCAACUGGUCGGUGGAGGAGGCGGUGCAAGCAUUCUCUAGGGCGCGGCCACAUGCAUUGGCUCUGGCGAGGGAUGCGCGUUCUGCGAGCCCCUCUGGAAAGAGAAAAGCCGAAGUUUGCGAGCCCCCUGAAACCAAUCCCAAGCGGCUACGAACCUCGGCACGACUUAGCAAGACGCGCGCCGGGGCUGCCAUUACAUCUUCAGCUGCCGAGGCGCAUGAAGAGGCCAUGGAGAGUCCAGAAGAUGAGGAAUAUGUUCCCGACGACCCCGACGGUACCGUCCCGUGCCCGGUUUGCCAGAGAAGAAUGAAGGCUUGGCAGGUAUUCCAGCAUCUCGAAACCUGCCCCGGUCCUUCGGCUCAGCGAGGGGGCAGAAGCAUCGACAGCCCGGUGUCUUCCUCGUAUCAAGCUCAACAGCGUCAACUUCGAUCGCACGAGCGCCUGCCCGCGCUGAACUACUCCAUGCUCAAGGAGCAGGCCCUGCGCAAGAAGAUGACGGAACUUGGAUUGUCUGGUCAAGGACCUCGGUUAUUGCUGGAACGGCGCCACAAGGAGUGGCUGACCCUGUGGAACGCCAACUGCGAUGCCGCACAACCAAAGAAGCGUUCCGACCUGCUACAUGAUCUCGAGGUCUGGGAACGGACGCAGGGUGGACGGGCACCGACGACGGGAAGGACUUUUCAAACGGCCGCCGCCAUCAAGGAUAAAGACUUUGACAGUGCUGCCUGGGCCGUCAAGCACGAUACUUCUUUCAAAGACUUGAUUGCCAGCGCGAGGAAGAGCAAAACGGACGCGAAAACAAGGGCAGAGAAUACGGACGAAAGACCGGCCCUCGAUGGGCAGCCGGAUACGAGCGCGAUUAUUGCAGACUCGAGAGAUGCCAGUCCAUCGUCACCGCCGAAGGACGACACUAGCAUGCGGAAUGAUGGCCGACCGGGUGAGACGACGCAGCCGCUGCCGCGCCCGGACAUGACGCGGGCAGCAGCCUUGGGCGGCGCCACGAAAACGAUGCCUACAGUUCUUGCUGGCACGAUGCCCUCCCCGUACCCUGACGAUGCAAGACCCGGAGCCCAGGAUGCUGCGGGCUAG